GGUAGUGAAGCAAGAAAGAACGGCACAACAGAAAGGGCUAAGGCCCAUGCCCUGCUGUCCCAGCGUCUGGUUCACGACUCAAAGAAUUACCUCAGCAAGUCCGCAAUACCCUCAACCAAAUCAUCUCAUGCUUAACCUGUAACUACGCCUGUUUUAGCAUUCUCUCUCUCUCUCUCCCCCUCCAUUUUAGUGGCUUUCUCUGUCACUCUGGCCUGGUUGUGUCCUUUUAGUUGUGUCUGACUGAGUCCCUCCUGCGCCACUCCAUCAUCUCGUUUCCAUCGCCAUUUAACUCUCUCUCUCUCUCUCUCUCUCUCUCUCUCUCUCUCUCGAUGCGCAUGCCCUAAAGGACAACAAAACGGAAUUCUUGGGUAUUUCAUGGCAGCCACGACAACUACAACCACCACCAACACUGCUCACCUCAAGGUCCAAAACCAGCCUUCCAAGCCCAAGCGUCGCAAGCAUCGCGAAACCACUAUCUCCGCCUCUGCUUCUUCCGCCCCCAACGACGCCGUUUCCUCUUCCCCUUCCUCUUCCUCUCGCUGCCUUGAUCCUCCCUCCGACCGCCCCCGCCGCCUUCUACAUUCUCCUGAGGCUUCCGCAUUCAACCAUUCCGCAUUGGCUUCUUCGCCUUCCAAUUCUCCCUCCACCUGCAGGAUUCGAUAUUCGCCUGGUGCGUUUUCCCCGACUAUGGAUUUUAGCUACUCGGGGAGCCCCGCCAAUGGGCACUCCUCUCAGGAGUCGUUCCCUUCCAGCUUUACCAAAUUCAACUCUGCCCUCACUGCUGGGCUGUUGAAUCCAAUGUCCCCGCCGCUGGCUCCCAAUAAGGCUCGAUCGAGCCCCACCCUUUUUGAAAUGAUGGCGAGCGAGCCCGAUGUCCAUCCCAGAACUCAGAUCCCCCAAACAAAUGUCUCUCCCUCUGCGCAAAAGCCACAAAUUCUAGUACAGGAUAGACAGGCUCUGAUGAUGCAACGGAUAUCGGACCUGCUGGCCGCCCGCAGCCCCGGUAACCAGUUCAACGAUCCGUCCUCCAGUGAUAUCAAUCUGACGCUUAGUUCCAAGGACGGAAUUAGCGUUUCUAUGAACGUUCACCGACAAAUUCUUGUUGCCCACAGCAGGUUCUUCUCCGUCAAGCUCUCUGAUCGCUGGGCGAAACAGCAGAGGCAGACGCUGCCUCACAUUGUUGAAAUCGCUGACUGCGAUGACGUUGAAAUUUACAUCGAGACGUUGAGGUUGAUGUACUGUAAGGAUCUUAGGAAGAAGCUUAUGAAGGAGGAUGUUUCCAGAGUUCUUGGUAUCUUAAAGGUUUCAGCGGCCAUUGGAUUUGAUGCUGGGGUUCUGUCUUGUUUGGAAUACUUGGAAGCAGCCCCGUGGGCAGAGGACGAAGAAGAGAAAGUGGCCUCACUUCUAUCCGAGCUUCGUCUUGAAGCUGCUGGGGAGGUUUUGAAGAGAGUUUCAACUGAAUUUACAAAUGGAAAUGAAGAGGCAAAUGAUAAUGAGGAAGUUCUGCUAAAACUUAUUCGUGUGGUACUUGAAGGAAAAGAUGAGAAGGCCAGGCGAGAAAUGAAAGGGUUAGUGUCAAAGAUGCUUCGUGAGAAUUCAUCUCAAAAUGAUCUCCGCAAAGAGUCCUUGUACUCUGCUUGUGAUGACUGUCUGCAACUACUCGGACACCAUAUUUUGCGAGCUGCAGCUUCUGACUUGGAAGACGUGGGUCAAAUUGCACGACAAGCAGAUAAUCUGUACUGGAUUUUGGAUAUUUUAAUCGAUAGACAGAUUGCUGAGGAUUUCCUGAAAACGUGGGCAUCUCAAUCUGAAUUAUCUGAAGCUCAUUCCAAAGUUCCUGCAGUUCACAGGUUUGAGGUUAGCAGAGUUACAGCAAGAUUGUUUGUUGGGAUUGGGAAGGGACAGUUGUUAGCUUCUAAGGAUGCCAGGUGUUUACUACUAAAAACAUGGCUAGUGCCAUUCUAUGAUGAUUUUGGUUGGAUGAGGAGGGCAUCCAAAGGCCUUGAUCGUCACCUAAUUGAGGAUGGUCUUAGCAACACCAUCCUCACUCUGCCACUCUCCUGGCAACAGGAAUUCUUGCUUGCUUGGUUUAACCGUUUCUUGAAUUCUGGCGAAGACUGCCCAAAUAUACAAAGAGGUUUUGAAAUUUGGUGGAGACGGGCUUUCUGGAAGAGAAGUGGAGAGCAAGAAAGGACACAGCAUCUACGAAUCACAACUGCCACAAUAGAUGACCCUUGAAGGCCGAUAAUCUCAGGGUGCAAGAAUUCUCAUAUCACAAUGUUUUUACUGGGUCUGUCUCCUUAUACAUUCUCAUGAUCUUCUCUACUCUGUUUACUCUAUGAUGUUUAUUGAUGAAAAUGAGUUUGUGAUCUAUGGACGAAAACUGCUGAAGAGGGUAUGGUCGUGAGGGAAAGGUUGGUCCUUGCCUCGGUUGGUAUAUAACUAGCACAGCAGCUUUUGGCUGGUGAAGAGGACAAUGAGGCGAAUUUGUUUAAUGGGACAGCAUCCGUUAGCUUUGGAGGCAAGAAAGGUCACGAUGGAUAUAUACUUUGUAUUUCCUUGCAGAUUAGUCUGUUGAUUCUUAAAUGUGACUCAAUAUAUUGAACCGAUUGUGUUAUAUAGGGAAUAACUUCUAUGGAAGUUUAGCUGCAGGGAAUAUAAUCACAUCUGGCACUUGAGAAUAUGAUUUGAUUAUUUCUAUUACCAA